AUGGACCCUCUCAAGUACUUAUUUGAGAAAUCGACUCUUACAGGAAGGAUGGCACAAUGGCUACUGAUGUUAGCAGAAUUUGAAUUAAAGUAUGUCAUCACGAAGUCUGUAAAAGGAAAAGCUGUUGCUGAAUUCUUGGCUGACUGCCCAGUCAAAGGAGGUGAAGAUGCUGAGUUUAAGUUUCCUGAUGAAGACAUAAUGACUCUAGCCGAAGAUGUUUGGAAGUUUUACUUCGAUGGAGCAGCCAAUCAGAAAGGAUUUGGAAUUGGCGUGUCGUUGAUAGCACCCGACGGAUCCCACAUUCCGCUCGCAUUCAAGCUAAACUUUGAGGUUACCAACAAUCAAGUGGAGUACGAGGCUUGCAUUGUAGGUAUGGAAGCAGCAAUUGAAAUUGGUAUAGAGAAAUUAGAAGUGGUAGGAGAUUCCAACCUAGCAGUGUCACAGGCCAACGGUGACUGGAAAGUCAAAGAAGAAAAGCUAAAGCCUUACCAUCAAGAUCUCGAAGAUCUCAUCCCUCAUUUCAACAAAGUAACCUUCACUCAUGUACCGAGACUCAAGAGUCAAUUUACGGACUCCUUGGCCACGCUGGCAUCCAUGGUUGAAAUUCCCAUUGGUGUGAGGCUAAGGCCAAUCGUGAUCGAACAAAGGGAUACACCGGUCUACCAGCAUGUCAUGGCCAUUGACGAGCCCGAUGAUGGUCACCCUUGGUAUUACGACAUUUAG